AUGAGUGAUGGAUUUUGCGGUACUCAUUUGCAGAUCCUGUGUCGACGACCUACUACAUCCGCACGGAGGCAACGAGUCGCUGUGACUACGGAUCACGUCGAUAAGCCAGUCAUCCCUGCGCCAGAUGUUCAGGAUGACCCGGUGGAGGCACCAGCUGCUGUAGAGGACAUUCUUGCGGACGCAGGCGCAGAGCCUGCUGAGGACGUGCAUGAGGGAUUUUCGAGUGGUCCGAGCGACCCAUCCGUGUUGACCCUGUAUGCGGAUCACGUUGCUUGCAGCGUAUGGACGGGAGAGGAGCGUCCUGAAUUGAAGCUAUCCUCUCAUGGGAGGAAGGUCCACAAUUUAGGCAGGCCUGUCCCUACCAUUGAGGGACUUUGGCACCGGGAGACGUCUAGUUUCCAUAUCCCGGUGGGAGAGCUCACCAUCACAUUGGAUGAUGUCUCCUCUCUUCUCCAUCUUCAUGUUAUUGGCGACUUACACGCAUUUGAGCCCUUGCACGUGGACGAUGCGAUUCAGAUGCUGGUGGACUUGUUGAUGGUCUCUCCAGAGUCUGCUAGGGCUGUGACAGUCCAGUGUCGCGGACCGUACAUAUGCCUGCAAUGGGUAAGUGAUAUAUAUGAGUGCCGAUGCCAGGCAGGUCAUUGGACAGUUGCGGCUCACACAUAUCUUCUUCACCUUCUGGGUUGCACUCUGUUUGCUAACAAGAGUGCAACCAAUGUACAUGUUGUCUACUUGGAGGCCCUUCGUGACCUCAGUAUGACGGAGAGGUACGCUUGGGGAGUGGCUGCUUUGGUGCAUAUGUACGACCAGCUGAACGAUGCAUCUAUGAGCCACAGCCGACAACUCAGCGGUUACAUCACACUGCUGCAGCACUUUCCGUCGGUUGCGGACUCCACUGCUGAUCAGGAGUACGACGAGGAUUCUCCGCGUGCGUGUAGGUGGAUUGCGACCAAGAAGACCGUGAAGAGCAUUCGUACGCCGGCGUAUAGGGAGCGCCUGGACCGACUCCGGAUUCCGGAUGUCUAUUGGAUCCCUUAUGGGGAGCACCGAGAGGUCCGGGACUUCCACGUUAGAUCAUGCUAUUCUGGUCUCUUGCGCUGGGGGCCUGUUGCUGUUUAUUACCGACCGGAGAGGGUCGUGCGGCAGUUUGGCUACACGCAGACCAUUCUUGCUCCUCCUGUCGAUUCAUGGGUCUCGUAUGAUGAUAUACACGACAGGUGGAUGUACUACGAGGAUUAUAUCAUUCCAGCAGGUGAGCCUCGAGUCGUCCCUCAGGCCCCGCAGACAGAUAUCCCUCGCGUGCCGGAGCCAGGAGCAUCGUCGACAUCUGCGGAGGAGCCCAGACAUGCAGUGGAAGUUUGUGAUGACAUUGCUGAGAGGUUGGAACGCCAUCUGAGUCUAGGGGUGGUCACGCCUUGCUCAUCGACACAUGAGCUGGUCCCUGAUUUGUUGAGUGAGCUGCUCGAGUUCUUCGGGAGGGAUGAAGGAGGAAAUGCAGGAGCUUCGUGGAGCGGAGCCAAAGUAUUGCUUGAUGGUGACACCGGCUCCAGCAACACGCACACGACUAGGGUGUUCGGGUCACCCAACAGCAGCAGUCAGGACAUCCUGACGACCAUAGGGGUCAAAUGA